ACUGCAGCUAGCAGGAGAGUACGGCUGGUAGACGGCCGAGGUCGAUGUGCUGGCAGAGUGGAGGUCUAUCACCAUGGAGAAUGGGGGACAGUUUGUGAUGAUUCCUGGGAUGUAGAAGAUGCUAAUGUGGUUUGCAGGCAGUUGAGGUGCGGACAUGCCAUCAGUACAACCAACGCAUUUCAUGGAAGUGGAACUGGGAAGAUUUGGAUGGAUGAUCUGAAGUGUUUAGGAAAUGAAACUUCUCUGUGGGAUUGUCCUUCCAGCCCUUGGGGCCUGCACAACUGUCAGCAUAAGGAGGAUGUUGGUGUCAUAUGUUCAGAAUUUACUGAUCUCCGUUUGGUUGGAGGAACACAUGAAUGUGAAGGACGGGUUGAAGUCUAUUACAAUGGAAGUUGGACAUCUGUCUGCAACAAUGCAAUGGAAGAGACUACUGCUUCUCUCAUUUGCAACCAACUAAACUGUGGAGUGAGUAAUGAAUCCGUUUCUCUAUAUGAAUAUGGUGUAGCACAAGGCCCCUUCCUACUGGACAAUAUUAAGUGCCGGAAAAAUGAUGCAGCUCUGUGGCAGUGUUCUUCAAAACCUUGGACCAGAAACAUCUGCGAUAAAGCACAGGUGGCAAAUAUCAAAUGUUCUAAACAUAGACCUUAUAGAGCUGUAAUGGAGUCUGAGAGCUGCCCAACAUCUCAAAACUGUACAGAUUCUGAAAGGAUACGUCUCAUUGGGGGGCAGGACAAAUGCUCUGGCAGAGUAGAAGUAUUUUACCAGGGAGCCUGGGGAACGGUGUGUGAUGACUCCUGGGACAGGAAGGAUGCGGAAGUGGUGUGUGCACAGUUGGGCUGUGGCUCAGCUAUCAAUGCCACCGGGGAGGCCAUGUUUGGGAGUGGGACUGGUCCCAUCUGGUUAGAUGAGGUGUCCUGCAAAGGCCAUGAACAGGCGCUGCAAGAUUGUUUCUCUGUGCGCUGGAAUAGGAGCGACUGUCACCACAAAGAGGAUGCUGGGGUCAUAUGCACUGGAGAAAAAAAAAGUUUGCCCACAGCAGCACUGCCUUCCACAACUGGACCGCCUACCUCAGUAAGCUCUCGCAUCAGUACUGUGUAUGUUUCUAGCAACAUCCCCAUCAUCGUCUGUAUUGUUUUGGCAAUACUUUUGGCUUUGGGAAUAAUGGUUGUCUGGGCUCUAGCAAGAAACCUGCACUGGUACAAAAAGGAGCCUUUGGUUGAAUAA